AUGCACGCUCGCCGUGGAGGGAAGGGACGCCGAAGAGGUAGAACAGGCGUUAGUGGCUCUCCCCGUCGAGCUGGUGCAGCUGCUAAUGCUGUCAGGGAGACGCCGUCCACAGCUGCUGCGCUGGCCGCGCUCGCCGUCCAGCACGCUUCGCAUGAAGACCUCCUCGGUGUUGCGUACAGUCACAGGGCAGCGCUGAGACCUGGUUUGCUUUCCCAGGCCCUGCUGAGGUUGGCGAAGCCUCUCGUCCAGGUCUCCAGGCAGACCGCAAGGGAAGCCGUCCUCGCGGACCCACGGCUGCAGGCCCUCUUCCUGGCAGCGUCCUCGCCGGCGGCCGCGGACGGCGGCGAAACGGCGGCGGAACCAGCAGCAGCAGGUGGCACCAACCAAUCCCUCUCGGGACCCCAGGCGGCCGACGUCGUGUGGGCGUGCGGCUUGCUCCAGUGGCUCCCGGCGGACGACGACGACGGUGCCGCCGCUAGUGGUGGCCACCGCCGUCUCGCCCAGCUCGUGGCACUUGUCGCGCGAGCAGCCUCCUCAAAGGUCGGCAUCGACGAUGGCCACGUGACGAACGUGCUGUGGGCGCUCGAGCGAUUAGGAGUCUCGAAAUCACCGGCGGAGAAGAAGAGGAAGAGGAAGGCAUGCGAAGCAGAGGCCGCGCGGGGGGCAGAGACGCCGAUAGCAGCGCCCGGCUGUGGGGCGAAGGCGGCGGUAGAGACGGAGGGGAAAGGUGGAAGCGGGGGCGGGGGGGUAUGGGAAGGCGACGAGGCGGUGGAGGAGCUCCGGAGCAGGGUCGAGAACCUUCCUUUCCGCGCAAUUCCGUCGCUGUUUGAGGGUCUGCGAGUCGAAGACUUCAGGGACGAGGUGGCGUUCCGACGGGACGAGAUUCUUCUCGGCGGUGGAAAGGUCCUCUCCGAGUCCAGGCUCACGGCGUGGCAGAGUAGCGACGGCCUCCCCUUCGCCUACAGCGGGAAGGUCAUGGAGCCUACGUCGUUCUCGCCGAACGUGCUCCGCCUUCGCGACGCCCUCUACGAGCGGACCGGAGUGCUCUAUGACGGGGUCCUGCUUAACCUGUACGAGUCCAGGUCGAGCGCCAUGCGAUACCACUCCGACCCAGACGUCGGCACAAUCUGGACGCAGGACACGUCGGUGGUGUCGGUGGGGGACACGCGGCAGUUCGCCCUACGCCGGACCCUGGACCACUCCCCGCGCGGGAGGCACGCCUUCUACCUCUCUAGCGGGGACUGCGUGAGGAUGACGGACGGGUGCCAGCGGGACUACCAGCACUGCGUGAAGGUCGCCAAGGAGGAGGUCGGCGCGAGGAUAUCGCUCGUGUUCAAGCAGAGCAUCUCGGGCCGGGAACGGAGACGGGGGGUGGCCGCUGAAGGCGUUGCUGUCGGUGGCGGUGGUAGUGGUGGUGGCUCUGGUACUGCUGCAGACAUCGCGGAAACACCCUAG